AUGGAAGCUGCUCUUGCAGCUUUCGCUGUUCCUUUGCCGCGAACUCUCACUACUAAACCUCGAUUCACAAGCUCCUUCUCCAAUCCGAAACCCAUUUCUCUACUUUCCUGUAUCUCCAAAUCCCGGAAGCCUAUAUCCGAUGGAUUUAAAACCGCAGUAUCAACAUCACCAUCACCAUCAAUCGCCACCCCGACGAAUUCUCCGCCGGAAUCCGAAACCCGAGACGAAUCCGAGUCGGAUAAGUUCGAUUGGUACGCUAAUUGGUACCCGGUUAUGCCAAUUUGCGAUCUGGACAAGAAGGUUCCACACGCGAAGAAAGUUAUGGGGAUUGAUUUGGUGAUUUGGUGGGACCGAAACGAGAGCCAAUGGAAAGUGAUGGACGACACGUGUCCUCAUCGUCUUGCUCCGUUAUCCGAUGGAAGGAUCGAUCAAAAGGGGAGGCUACAGUGUGUGUACCAUGGAUGGUGCUUCAACGGAUCCGGCGAUUGCAAGCUCAUACCUCAAGCACCUCCUGAUGGACCUCCGGUCCACACAUUCAAGCAAGCGUGUGUAGCUGUUUAUCCAAGUGUGGUGCAGCAUGAGAUCAUUUGGUUUUGGCCAAACAGUGAGCCGAAAUAUAAAAACAUUGCUGAAACGAAGAAGCCUCCUUUCAUUCCAGAGUUAGAGGACCCAUCUUUCACUAAGUUGAUGGCAAAUCGAGAUAUUCCUUACGGGUUAAUAAACCAAAACUUCUUUGAUUAG